AUGAUUCGAGAUGCGAUUACGCUCGAUCCGCAGAUCCGGUACUGGGUCAUUGCACCAAUUCUGAUCAUCACCUUCUUAUUCGGGCUGAUCCGACAUUACCUGAUGAUUAUUUUGAAAAAUGGUCCAAGCCAGGGAUCUCUUGAUUCUGUCAAAACCAUGCAGACACUUCGAAGGUCCGCUCUUCUCCGGGAAAAUGGCCACUUUUUACCAGCCAAUUCCUUCGAAAUCCGAAAACGUCAUCUUAUUGGCGAGCAGGGAGCUCUCACUAUCGGCAAGGAUACUGAAGGAGCUGUGAAAAAUCCGAUGCAGGACCCUUCUAUGAUGGGGGAUCAACUCAAAGGCCAAAUGACAAAUAUGCUCCCGAUGAUCGUCAUUGGAGGAUGGGUUUCUUAUGCCUUCUCUGGCUUCUUAGCUGCUCGUGUUCCUUUUCCAUUGACGCUCAGAUUCAAGCAACUGAUGCAGCGAGGCAUUGACUUGUCCUCCCUCGACGCUUCUUGGAUUUCCUCAAUGAGUUGGUACUUUAUUGGUGCUUUUGGAAUGAGAGGUGUUUAUGAGCUGGUUCUUGGUGAAGACAACCAGGCUGAUCAAGCUCGAGCGAUGCAACAACAAAUGCCAGGUGGCGUCGGCGGACAAAUUCAAGACGAACAAAAAGCCUUCAAAGCAGAAUGGGAAGCGCUCAAAAUCACCAACUACAAAAAUGCCUUGGAGAAUGUGGAGAAGAUGCUCUUGCAAACAUAG